UAUUUCUUCGGUAAAGACUCGGAAAUAUCAGCUGGUCAACCAAACCACGGGCGCAUAGUAACAAAAAUGGCGACCGCAUUUGACCAAGAGCUGAGAAAGGCUUUCCAAGAAUUGCAGUUGAAAGUUAUCGACACUACUCAAAGAGUGAAGGUUGCAGAGGCACAAAUAGAACAACUAAAGAGGACAAAUCAGCAUGCUAAGUUGACAGACCAGGAGCUUAGUACUUUACCUCUGGACACAAAUACCUAUGAGGCCGUUGGUCGAAUGUUUGUAUUACAACCUGUAACUGAUGUUAGAUCAACAAUAGCUGAAAAAGUCAAGGCAAAUGAGGAAAAAAUUAAAACUAUUGAGGGAACCAAAGAUUAUCUCCAGAAGAGUGUAAAGGAGCAAGAAAACAACAUCCGUGAAAUGCUCAUGCAUCGAAAAUAGUUGUGUAGUGUAGACUAGGGUGACAUUGAAAUGAGUCCAACUAUUUCAGACAAAGGCUUGUUGAUUUUGAUGACACCCCUCUGUUGUUGAUGGCAGGUCUGAAAGUGAAAUACGUGUAUUGGUAUUGGUUCACUUUAUUGACAUUCUGUCACCCCCAUCGUACUAAAAGACUGCUUGUUUUGAGAUCCUGCAAAAUCUGUACAUUAUAAUCCCAUCAACACCCUAGGGUGAAAUAUUUCAUUAAAACAAUGAGUGCCUU